GACGUCUAUGCAUUCUGUUGUGUUCCGAUACUGGACGUUUACUCCGGAGUAAUGGCGGCGUACCGGGGAUCUUCGUCGAAAUGGUUCUUCACCCGGGAACAGCUCGAAAGCACGCCGUCUCGACGCUGUGGAGUAGAACCGGACAGGGAACUCUCUUAUCGACAGCAAGCGGCAAACCUUAUUCAAGAUAUGGGCCAGAGACUAAAUGUCUCCCAACUGACAAUAAAUACUGCUAUUGUUUACAUGCAUAGGUUUUAUAUGUACCACUCUUUCACAAAAUUCCAUAGAAAUAUCAUAUCCCCUACCACCUUAUUCCUGGCUGCCAAAGUUGAGGAGCAGCCGCGGAAACUUGAGCAUGUCAUUAAAGUGGCGCAUGCCUGUUUAUGCCCUCAAGAGCCUCCUCUGGAUACAAAGAGUAAUGCAUACCUCCAGCAAGCUCAAGAGCUGGUGAUACUUGAAACCAUAGUGCUGCAGACUUUAGGUUUUGAAAUAACAAUUGAGCAUCCACACACUGAUGUUGUGAAAUGUUCCCAACUAGUGCGAGAAGCUAAUUCUCAUCCCCCUCUCUCUUCUUCUGCCACAGCAAGCAAGGAUCUGGCACAGACUUCCUAUUUCAUGGCUACCAACAGCCUCCACCUCACCACCUUCUGUCUGCAGCACAAGCCUACGGUCAUUGCAUGCGUGUGCAUACACCUCGCUUGCAAAUGGUCCAACUGGGAGAUCCCAGUGUCCACCGAUGGGAAGCACUGGUGGGAAUAUGUGGACAGCUCAGUCACCCUGGAGCUUUUGGAUGAACUGACCCAUGAAUUCCUCCAGAUUUUGGAGAAGACACCGAGCAGGCUAAAGAGGAUUCGUAACUGGAGGGCGACGCAAGCUGCCAAAAAGCCCAAAGCAGACGGCCAGGUGACCGACGGCAGCGGCACUUUCACGUGUCCAUCCCUGUCGCAGGAUCAUUCCCUGGUUGAUGCCAUUCCUGGCGUGUCUGGAGACGUGGCCUUCUCCAAGGCCUCGUUUCCUGUCGGCCUGUCGGGCAACUCCGGGGGCCUCUCCCUAGAUGCUCUCACCGGCGUGGGGGGCACUGCCUACACGUACACGGCCCCGAGCGACUGGCCUCAGGACCAGGGCCACUCGGACCCUCUAAAACCGGACACCCUGGGUCUCCAGCAGGGGGCAGCACCGUUGCUGCCCCAGCACGGCCCCUCCUCCUCGCACCCGCACCGACCCGACAAGGGUGCCGAGUUCAACCCCAUCAAACACGAACACAAGGCCGGCGGAGGGGCCAAACACCAGCCGCCGGUCUUUCCCGCACCCGCACCUCCACCACCUCCCACCGUCAAGAUGACUCUGGACAAGUACCGCGAGAAGCAGGCGGCCGAGCUGGCUGGGCAGAAGCGCCGGCAUGAGCAGCAGCAGCAGAGCUUGGAGCAGGAAGGUCGGGACGCGUACAGUAGCGCCGCCCUGCAGACUGACCACCGCAAGCAUCUGCAGGCCCACCUGCACAGCCAGCUGCCGGGUCCCGGCAGCAGUAGCCUGUCCACCGCGUCCCCUCUGAAGAUGAAGCUGCCCCUCCCUGGCCAGGAGAGGUCUCAGAGUGGCGGCAACAACGGCGGAGGGGACCGGCGUGAAAAAGGCGCCUCGCUGAAGCUGCGCCUCCCGAUCCCUGCCCCGGGCGAGAGGAGUGGCUCAGGCAGCAAGGAGGAGCUCAAGAUGAAGAUCAAAGUGUCGUCGGAGCGGCACAGCUCCUCGGACGAGGGUGCUGCCAAGAGCAAACAUUCCAGCCCGCUGGUGGUCAAGGAGAAACACCGGGACCGGGAGCACUCGGGCCACCGGCACCACCACAAGCAUGGGCACUCGCAUUUCCACGUGCACAGCGGCAACGGCCGAGGGGCCCACGAGGGCUCAGGGUCCGGAGGCGCCCUCCUCCGCAGCCCCCUGGGCCUCGCCGCCGACGGGUUGACCAUGAUGGCCCCCAGCGCCUCAGCCACUGCCACCUCAGCGUCCUCCAGUUCCUCCUCCUCCUCGCGCAAGAGGGGCUACCCCGAGAGCAGCCACAACCACCACUCCUCCAAAAAGAACAAAAGCUCCAAGGGCAGCUCAGCUGGAGGCCUGCGGACGUCCCAGCAGCACCCUGGCGACAUGGGACAGGAAGCCGGCGGGGAGCCGCGGGCCUGAGCGCGUCGAACAGCCACCAGCUCGCGUCGGUGAACUACAGAGACACUUUUUCACGUGCUUGUCUCGCUGUUGAGCGCCCCCAAGGAAUGAACGCCUGAAAGCCACCAGUGGGAGAAGAAACGGGGAUGUAGAAAGGAGAAAAAAAAACAAUAGAAAGAAUAAGAGAAAAGGCUACUUCAAUAUAGAUGUUUUUCUCUUACUGGAGAACUAAUGAGAAAAAAAAAGAGAUUGCUGAUCUUUGGUUUCCUUGGCAAUGUCACCCUGGUCUCCCCUUCUCUGUGUAUGUUGUUGCUGGUCUCCUACAAAGCCCUGUCAGUGGGUUGUGGAGAGAAGGCAUUGGGGGGGGGGGGGGGGGGCAUUCUAAUUCAGAUGGAUUUAAAAUCUCCAUAGACGCUAGAAGAUGAUUGGGAGUUGAAUUCUAAAUACUUAAAACUGAAUGAUGCAACAACUUUGUUUUUAUUUUUAUUUUCAUUUAUAAUUUAAGCUAUCUCCACAAUUGUAAUUCAUAAAUACUAUUAGGCUCUUCCAAAAAUGACCUAUUUCCUGUUCUGAAAGUGGAUGUUUGUGUGUGUGUGUGUGUGUGUGUGUAAAUGUUUGAGUCAGUGAGGGCAUGAAUGAUGUCUUUCGUUUCUAUACUGUAUGUAUGAUCUGCAUGUUUCAAUCAAAGGGAUGAAGAAUGAUAGACUGCUGUUUACAGGAAGUGGAGAUAAAUGUACAUACAUUUUUGUAUGCUUAAAAGUGAUAACAUAAAUACUCAGGUUUGGAACUGCUUGUAAGUAUAACAAAUCGUGUGUGUGUAUGAGAGAGCACACAGAUAUGUGCGCCUGUAUGUAUGUGAAUGAAAUAAUGAAAAAAAAAAAAAAGACUAUUAUAACUUGAUAAGAAUCCAUUCUUUGAUUCUGACUGCAGCAUUCCAGUGACGUGCUUAUAAGCCUGUAUUCUCUGCAUGGGCGGCCAGCGAGGACCCACCGUGCUUAACCAAUCACCUGGCUUGUCAGAGGCCUUGCAGUUUUGUCCUUUUCCUUCCCCAAGGUGACUUUAAGCUGGAUGCCAAAGGUUGUGCCUCAAAAGAAGAGAAAUUAAGAGGACCCUAAAGUUUACAUAACCUUUGCUGUGAAGUGCAUUUAAAAUCUCUCGGCUUCAAGCUGUAGCCUAUAGGUGCGACACUGUAAAUCAAUAAUGGAAAAAUUUAGGAUUACCCUUGUUAAGUGCAGACGCAUGAAGAGAUUAUUUGGGAAUUUAAUCAGUGUUGAAACCAUGGAGUUUUAAAAUAGUUUUACUUUUCCAUGUCAUGCAUUCCUGCAAUAUGCAUUAUUUUGAUUGUGGGGUGAAGGUUAUUUCUGUAAACGAGUCAUUUACUUCAUUGAGCAGAAUUUGUACAUGAGGUCAAGAACUGCAGAUUGUUACUUUAUUCAAGGGCACAGAGUUGGAGGUUUAUAUACAGUGGAACAUAUCAACAUCCAGUCAAGUCUGCCCCCUCCACUACCCUCUCAGUUAAGUUGUACAAAUAAAUCCCAAGGUUUCCACUACAUGAA